AAAGAAUGGCACCGACGAAGAAAUCAAAGGCUGCCAAUAAGUCCAACUCGCAGAAACCAGUUGACCAUUCGCGUAGACAGCCCGCGUCGUCGACUUUGUUGGUUCCACUCGAUGUGCAGCAAUUGACUCUCGAUGUGUUCCGCCGAGCCUUCCCCAUUGACGAUCAGACUGACCUGGCUUCGGUCAUCCAAGAGGUCAAGCGGCAUCUCUUUCAGAGAGACUUCACACUCGCAUUCGCCAAGCCUCAGUAUCUGGAUGCUUACGCCUUGCGGUGGAGUGCCAGCCGUGCUCUUGGCUAUCUCGACAUUCUUGUGAACAGCCAGAUGCAUCCAGUCUGGUUUGGUGAAUCUCCGCUUGAACCAGACAAUCGUCAACACCCGUCCGGAAGCGCUUGUAAAGUCGUUUGCAUUGGAGGUGGUGGGGGCGCCGAAGUGGCUGCAUGUGCGGCUGCAGCGCGCAAACUUUGCCUCUCGAAAAUGCAAGUUCAUGUCGUGGACAUGGCCGACUGGGCGAGGCCUAUCGACAAUCUGCAUACUGCCUUGACCACGCCACCACCACUUUCUCCAUAUGCGAGUCAAGGCGCCAAAGACGCGAAUAGCCCGUUCCUCGAGGUUGACCGACUGGAGGUCUCGUUCACACAACAUGACAUUCUGGCAGGCCAAGACCAGUUACCACGUCUACUCACUGGCCUGACCCUCUGUACCAUCAUGUUCACCCUGAACGAGCUCUUCACAACCUCAAUCUCUCGCACCACUGCCUUUCUGUUGGCCCUGACCGAAAUUGUAGCAGUGGGCUCAUACUUUCUAGUGGUGGACAGUCCGGGCAGUUACUCUGAGGUGAGGCUUGGGCAAGAGGCUAAUUCGACGGCUACAAAACAAUACCCGAUGAAAUGGCUACUGGAUCACACCUUGUUGGAGAUUGCAGGAGGAGAGGGAACACGGAAGUGGGAGAAGACAGUAUCUGAUGAUUCACGAUGGUUCAGGCUAAGCCCUACGCUCAAGUAUCCCAUUGAUUUGGAGAAUAUGAGGUACCAGAUCCAUCUCUAUCGAAGGAUCGAAUCCCAACCGGCAUAGAUAGAGUCCUCUUUUACAAGUCCUGGCAUCUAGCCACCACUAAUCUACUCGUCAUCAUCA